UGUGGCUUCCGGUAUUUCGUUCAGCUUUGUUGACGAAAGGUAAACCGUAUUGUCUCCCAGAGAAGGCUAACGUGGGCUUUGCAAGAUGACUGACCAGAAGGCAGAGAAUGUCAGUUCAAUUCCAAUUGAUGGAUUUAGCAAUAUGCGAAUCACAUCUAUAUGGACAUAUCUGAUGUCUAUACAAUGGUCUGAAACAUGGCUUAUUGGGUUGCUGGUGUUUCAUGUUCUCUCUUUCUGCCUGACACUGCUAACCUGUAGAUAUUACAGACUCCAGAUCUUUCACUUCCUUAUGUUGGUAUGCCUGGUGUAUUGCGCCGAGUACUUAAAUGAGCUGGCAGCCAUGAACUGGAAGUUGUUUUCACAAUUCCAGUACUUUGACUCCAAAGGAAUGUUCAUAUCAUUGGUUUUCUCCAUUCCCCUUUUAUUCAACGCGAUGAUAAUUGUGGCAUUGUGGGUGUACCGAACCUUUGUUACCAUGACUGAGCUGAAGAUCCUGCAGCUGAAGAGGAAGGCCCACAGAGAGAGCAGGAAGAAGGCAGAGUGAUCUGACAUCACAUCCUGGGUGAAGCAGUCUGGGAUCGUCUGGUCCAGCCCCCCGUGUGAGCAGGACACAGAACACAGUGUCACUAGUUGACUCAUCUUAAAGUGGAGGCAGAUUUGCAUAUGGACUUACAGUACACAAUGAGGUGUUUGAGCUGAAUCUAUUGUUUCCCAUCAUUCUAAAGGGUACUUUUAAAUGGGAUGCCAUCUGUUCCAUAAACUCUUUCCCUACCCCUGUUACUCCUUAUUGGAGCUCUCAAAGGACUGGUUUGUCUGGUUUGGUGGUGGUGAUCAGGUUAAGUACUGUUCUCUGUAGUGUAUUACCGUUGUGUCAUGGCAUCCAGUAUACUGAUCACUUUGUAUGAAGGACCAAAAUAUGAUUGACUGUAUGUUUUAUAGAAUUUUACAAAGCAGUAUACUAUGGUAAAGGCUAAUGUAUUGUUAAGUUAAUAGUAAAUGUUGAGCUCAUGCUCAUUUGAAUUUUCUGUGACAGAUAUUGCUUGGAUCCUAAGUGACCAGCAUUUGUAAGUAAUGCAAAAUAAACGUCUCCUUUGCCAACUGA